CAGAGGCUCCUUCCCCCUUCCCAGCUGCCCGGCGCGGGCUGCGCAGACCCCCUGCUACUCCAGGCCAUGCGCAGCGCCGCGCACCCCCUGCCUGCUGCUUCCGGCGGCGGAGGGGACCCAGCCUCCCGGACCCCGCGCCCCGCCAGCGCGGCCACGAAGCCCCGACAUGUCAGCGGUUUGAGUCUGUGUUACCUUCCGAGGUCUACGAUCUUCCAAGCAAAGAACCUCGACCGAAUUCCAGAGUCCGAAGGAAUGCAGUGGUUAGAGGACGAGAGGAGGUGGCUGUCUGUCCCUAAAGUCUAUGUCCUCCAGCCUUGGAUUUUGAACCUCUUGAUGAAAUACGAACAGUUGGACUCCAGAAAUACUCAGGUGCCUGGGCAUAUCCUGAAAGUUGUGAAUGACUUGAAGGCUGCAGACCAAGGCAGUGCCGCCGUCCUGCACAUCUCAGAUGGAUCCUACUACAUCCGGGUGGUCAUCUCCCCGGAAGCUGUGCAGAUGGCAGAAUGUGUUCAACUGCAGUCCGGGUUCUCCAACAUCAUUGGCAGGAUUAUCAUCUUGCAGAAGUACAUGGUGUGCUUCCAGGAGGAGACCAAAGCGGAGGAGUGCGAGUUCUACCUGUCCAUCCACCAGUUCAUCGUCUUGCCCUUGCAGAGGCAGAGGAUGGAGGCGCUGAACUGUAAUCAGGAGCCCUCAAUCCUCCAGAAGAUAAAGGAACUGUGGCAGAGAGGACUUACCCUGAAGACUGUUUCUUCCUCAGGAAUGUCGGUGUCUCAGUUAAUGAUCGACAUAGGCCAGAGACGGCUCAAGGUUUUGAAGCAGAAUGUUGAGGAUUGCUUGGAUUUACGGGACCCAAGUGAGGUGCCAGCGAUAGGGGAGAGGCUCCCUGUCACCAGCUGGGAGGUGGAGCGCAAGAGAGAGCUGAGUAAAGACGUCUUUACAGUGCCAGUCAAAUUCCUGGUGAUCGGCCCGGAAGAGAAGGCGGCGAUUCGUGAUGCCUGCCUGGCAGAAGCUCCUCAUACUGUUCCUGGGAGAAGCCACCUUGACAGGGACCUGGCUGACUGUAGUGUAGUGUCGUGCCCUAGUGACACUGGCGCAAUGUCCCGAAGUUUGGAUGUAUCCCUGGAUAAUCCCUGGGACAAGCUUCAGUCAGUGUCCGUGACUCUGUCCUCCUCCUUGGAAGGUGAGUGUACACGCUGCCUUACAGCAUCUCCUGUUGCAAGUGGAGAGCAUCUUUCCUUCUCUCUCUGUGUCUGCACACCCUACAUCUUACACCUGGAGAUACAGGGUAAGACGAGAAGAAUUGUGUGCUCACUUGCACUCGCACGCAACUUGUAAGCCUUGUUACCACCAUCACACUUCAAAUUGCACACUCACUUUUGCACACACAGCUCUUAAAACGAGGCCCAUGCUGUGUGUACAUGUGGGGGAUGGGGAUGGUUUUCAGGAAGGUGCAGCCUGGAUCUCUUUGAUACAUUCAGGUGCCUGUUUGUGCGUGUGAUUGCAUUUGCCAGUCCAUCCACUUGCAUGCACCAAGGGUGAUAGACCUUAUCUCCCCCAUAAAGGGCUGAUUUGCCCUUGCACAGUAUUGGUGGUCCCUGUAUCAUGGUCGUGCAUAGGGGCACCGGAGAUACCCUGUUGUGCUAGCAGCAGAGAGUCCUGUGGCACCUUAUAGACUAACAGAAGUUUGGAGCAUGAGCUUUCGUGGGUGACUCCCCACUUCGUCGGACGCAUUGUGCUAGGUGCUGUAUAGACAGUUACAGGCUGGAGGACGGAGGAUAACAGACAGCGUGUAACAAUGAGAUCAGUGACGGAAGCUGUAGUAGCUUGCCACUUGCGUUUGGUUUCAUUGUUCUGGGAGGGGUUGGUUUGGGAUGGGAUCAGCUAAAUGGAAAAACACCAGAAGGGAGAGGGGACAUAGAGGGGGUCGGACAGGUGGGGCAGCCUGUACGGCAGGCAGAGACUCUGACGCAAACAGCCAGUCAGCACAGAGGAGAGAAUGCCCAGUAGAACCAGGAUAAGACACUUGGAGGGCACCUCCGAUAGCCAAGGGUUGCUGUGGCAGAACCUUCUCCUGCCAGCUUUGCUAUCUUUGGCCCCUCUGGAUAGUUCCCCUUUGGAAUUGUCCUUCCCCAGCUGCCUUCUCAGCCCCGGCAGGUGGGACAGGCUCUGCCUGUGCUGCUGUCUCCUGCCCUCUUCCAUGGGGAAAGUUGUGUUUUAUUCUCUUU